CAGUGUUGCACAGCACCGUUUUGCCGUUUUUGUGUGCUGCAUAGCCUGGUCACACUAGUGGCCUGUGAAAAUUCAUCGAAAAAACUUUAAAAUUAUUUUUAUCGCAUUUUUUUUUGUUGUUUCAUAUUCCUUGCUCUGACUCUGAGGCGGUCUUUGGACCUGCAAUUGAAAGAAAAAUGUUUAACCUGUGGCUAUUCUUGCUACUGCCAUUAAGCAUAAACGCUGUGACACCAAAGGCCGAUGUCGUUUUUUUGGUGCCGGGGACAACUAUUGAUAUAACCGACAAUGCGUACGGAUCGAACACAUUAAGAACGUAUUGCUAUCAGGGCAAACGGUACUCACUGUUGAGCCUAUUCGAAACUCUGGAAUUCCAACUGUCCAUAGCGAAUGAUGAUUACACCGAAUACGGGGGACGUACCCCAGAGGAGGUGAUGGAGCAUUAUUUGGAGAAGCGUUCGCUAUUCAGCAUCACCCUGUUCUCGCAGAAGCGUCAGCGUGUCCAGUUGUCGCCAUUUGAGCCGCAAUGUCUGGGCAUUGCCUCACGACAGCCAUACAAUGUGAAUCUCUUGCAUUAUCAGGUGGAUAUAUGGCGCAUUGCCCAGAUACUUUUGGGCAUAUUGAUAUUCUGGAGUAGCCAACAUAUGGCCAAAAAUUCGGUAUUCUAUUAUCUGGCCGGCAUUGCUCUGGGCAUAUGUGCAUCCGUAUUGGUCACUAUAGUCAUGUUUGCUAAGCUCUUUCCCCGUCGUCCCAUGAUGUAUGGCGUCAUCAUUGGUGGCUGGACCAUUGGCUUCUAUAUAAUUAAGCAAUUGAUGGACAAUUUGAGAGUCAUCCUGCUGGUGUAUCGUGGGUAUGUGCUCUGGUAUUUGGUUGUCACCGGCAUCAUAUCGUUUCUCAUCUGCUACCGUAUUGGUCCGCCACGUAAUCCUCGGUCACAGAACAUCAUCAAAUGGGUACUGCAGGCAAUUGGCGGUGCUUUGAUCUAUUUUGCCAGUUGGCAUACAAAUGCCGCCAUUUUCAUAAUGGUCAUGAUAUUUGUGGCACACUAUUUUCCACAAUCCUUAUUGAACUAUGGCCGGAGUUUCUAUCGUCGGCGUUUUCCGCCUCAACGACGUUUGCUCACCAAGGAGGAAUACUAUCAUCAGACGGUAAACGAAACGGCCAAAUCUCUGGCCGAGCUACGGGAAUAUGUCAAUAGUCCCAAUUGCCGGCAAUGGAAUAUAAUGAGCUCAUUGCGGAAUCCCAUGCGUUUUGCCUGCUUUGCCAAUGGUGAACCGCAUUUGUUUGAUGAGGAAAUUGAAGAUUAUUCCCGUACCAUUGAGGAAUCGAUGCGUGAGGAGGGCGCCGAGGAGUUCGAAACUGAAGAUUAUCUACAAUGUAAUAUGUAUUAUCGUCCAUUGGCAAAUCGUCGUUCUACUGGCUUAAAUAAUACGCCAAGACGUUAUCAUGAUGUUAUGAUGCAACCAUAUAACAAUGUCGCCAACAACAACAACUAUAAUAAUAGUCAACGACAACAACAACAACAGCAGCAGCAGCAACAACAACGUCAUCCCCCACCACAGGACAAUAGCGACAGCGAUGACGAUAAUGAUGUGUAUAUGGAGCAGGAUGACGGUGAAGAGGAGAACUAAAGACAAACUUCAUUUGAUAACCAAAAGACUCAUCACUUACUUAAGACACUCAGAACAAAGAUUUGUCUCGAAAGGAUUAUGUUUAUGUCCAAGUCCAAAUCGUUCCUUGGUUUGUGUUUUUCGUUCUAUUUCCUAUUCAAUGCGUGUAAUUUGUUUAUAAUUAUAUAUAUUUAUAUAUUCUGACAGAGACUGAAAUUCAGCAUGAAAUAGUUUUAAAAUUUCCAUCUAAAUAGUUGCUAAAAA